GGAGGGGGCGGGGAGGAGCCGAAGGGAGGGAAUCUGCUAGGGGCCUCCGUUCAGGUGCAUUCCAGCAUGGCUUCGGCCUCCUCCGGACACGGAGCCGGCUUGUUGCGUUUUCUGCGGCUGGUCGGGCAGCUCAAGAGAGUCCCUCGGACGGGCUGGGUGUACAGGAAUGUGGAAAAGCCAGAGAGUGUGUCAGAUCACAUGUACCGCAUGGCAGUUAUGGCUAUGGUGACCAGAGAUGACCACCUUAACAAGGAUCGAUGUAUACGCCUAGCCCUGGUUCACGAUAUGGCAGAAUGCAUCGUUGGGGACAUAGCACCAGCAGAUAACAUCCCCAAAGAAGAAAAGCAUAGGCGAGAAGAGGAGGCUAUGAAGCAGAUCACCCAGCUGCUGCCAGAGGACCUCAGGAAGGAACUCUAUGAACUCUGGGAAGAAUAUGAGACCCAAUCUAGUGCAGAGGCCAGAUUCGUGAAGCAGCUGGACCAGUGUGAAAUGAUUCUUCAGGCAUCCGAAUAUGAAGACAUGGAGAAGAAACCUGGGAGGCUUCAAGACUUCUAUGAUUCCACAGCGGGAAAAUUCAGUCACCCUGAGAUAGUCCAGCUUGUUUCUGAACUGGAGGCAGAGAGAAAUGCCAACAUAGCCUCGGCCUCUGAGGAGCUGGACUCCUGAGUGCUCCUCGCACCUCUGCUGCCCUACUUUCUUCUUUGCUUCGUGGAAACGUGUUUUUCUACUGUGGCUCUGAAGAUUUCCCAAGAUGAGCAUCUAUCUUCCGUUGUCUGGACUUGAGCAACAAGUGUGAUAUAACCCCGGUCCUAAAAGAAGCCACCGAACUGGAAGUGGUCAGGAAGAUGCCAUGGGCAAAGGCUCGAGAGGAGAAUGCUUGUUUUGUGAAUUAAAUAAAUAUUAAACACUCCA